AUGCCUGAAAAUAACUCUGAAGGCGACCGAUCUCAACAGAAAAAGCGGAGGAUUCCAGGAGCAUGCGACAUAUGCAAGAAAAAGAAGAGUGAUAGUGGGGAGAUGCCUGGCAAUCGAUGCACAAAUUGCAUACAGUUUGGGUUGGAGUGUACUCAUAAAGAGGUCACAAAGACCUUAGGUCCUGCGAAAGGAUAUGUCGAAAGCCUAGAAGCGCGUCUCGAAAAGAUGGAUAGACUACUGGCUAAGUUACUACCUCAGGACGUUGAUAUCAGCAAGGAAGUAGAACGACUGGAAGAACAAGAGGCACAGACCAACUCUGACAAGCUGCCCCGAAAUGACGACGUCGUGGAGGACAUGGCCAUACAGCUAACCAGCAAACUGAACCUGAAUCCGCAGGAACACAGGUUCUUUGGAAGAUCAAGUGGUUUCCAAUUAAUUCAGACGGCGUUGGAUCUGAAGCAAGAGUAUACUGGGGAUAUCCUUAUGCAGAAACCUCUCCUCCCUUCGAAGCGGCGCGAAUUCUGGGACUACCCAUCAUGGGCAAUUAUGAAAGAUCCUAUGCACGAACCCGAUAUCGUUACCUUCAUUUACCCCGAUGCCGACUUGAUGCCCUCAUUGAUAGACGCGUAUUUCGAACAAAUGAACUGCUUCUUACCUCUGCUGCAUCGUCCAACAUUCGAGAAGCUCGUUGCGGAAGGGCUUCAUUAUAGUGAUUCCAUGUUUGGCUCGGUGCUUCUUCUAGUAUGUGCCCAUGGAGCUCGGUUUUCCGAAGACCCUCGAGUUCUUUCCAAAGGCACCGACUCUCCUCGAUCAGCGGGGUGGAAAUGGUACGAGCAGGUCAAUGCAUUCAGAAGGACUCUCAUCAAAAGGACAGUUUUGUACGAGCUCCAGAUGAUCGCAUUGCAUGUCAUGUUUUCUAAAACCGGAGAGGCGCCUCAGGGAAUAUGGGCAGAGAUUGGUUUGGGUGUGCGAUUGGCGCAAGAAGUAGGCGCUCAUCGAAAACGCCGACGGUCGGACUCACCUCCUACUCCGGAAGAUGAAUUAUGGAAGAGGGCAUUCUGGGUCAUCCUUAGCAUAGAUAGGUUUAUUAGUGCAGGAUCCGGUCGACCGUGCGGAUUACAGGACGAAGACUUUGAUUUAGAUCUUCCUCUAGAGGUUGAUGAUGAAUAUUGGGAAAAUGGAUUUAAACAACCUGCUGAUAAACCGUCGUCUAUCACUUUCUUCAACUGCUAUCUAAGGUUGAUGGACAUACUUGCCUACGCCAUGCGACUGAUUUAUCCAGUUAAACGCCCUAAAAAUUUCUUUGGUGCAGCCACCCAAUAUUCAGAACAGCAGAUCAUAGUGGAGCUAGAUUCAACAAUGAAUAACUGGAUGGAUUCGGUACCUUCACAUCUUAGAUGGAAUCCGCAUUGCGAAGACGAGCUCUUCCUCAAGCAAUCGGCCUACCUACAUGCUACCUACUACCAUCUUCAAAUAUUCAUCCAUCGACCUUUUAUUCCUUCUCCACGGAACCCUGCUCCGAUCUCAUUCCCAUCAUUGGCCAUAUGUACGAAUGCUGCACGAUCUUGUUGUCACGUUCUCGAGUCUUUCACCAAGUUGAGCUCAAUGCCGUUGACUGAACUCCAAAACAUCAUUUUCACGUCAGCAGUUAUUCUUUUACUGAACAUCUGGAGUGGCAAACGCUCUGGGUAUGCGCCAAAUCCAUUGCGAGAGAUGGAGGAUGUUCAACGGUGUAUGGACAUCCUCAAGAUGACUGAACGACGGUGUGCCCUUGCUGGACGUUACUGGGACAUUUUAACAGAGCUUGCCUACGCAGGGCACAUGUCCAUCUCCAUGAAAAAGUCUGAUGCCAUUAAAAACGGAAGGAAGAGAAACCGUGACGCUGCAGAACAAACUACAUCCACUUCUACUUCUCUUCCUAGUUCGAGCAACGAAGCGCGCCCAAUUGCGGGUAAUCGGCGUGUCUCUGAGAGCCAGUCCCCGCCCUCGGUGCCGCAAACUCCUCCUGAGACUGCGUUAUUUUCGUUGCCCAUGUAUAGUAAUGAGCUCGGAAGACUCCCAGUUUAUGGACAAUUCAACUUUUCCGACUCUCUGAACACAUAUGCACCACCCACUGCCAACCAGGUUACUAACUUUGACCAGUUCUUUUUUAACAUUUCUGCUACCAAUCAGAAUAACAUUGUUCAGCCUGAUCUGAGUGGACUGGCGAACGGCACCCUCCCGAUCUUUGACGACAAGAAUCAACCAGUGGACAACAACUUUGUACAGCCGGUUCAACAGCCUCCUGCAACGGAUAUUACUUCUAUCUUUGGACCAUCGUUCGAUGCAGAUGAAUGGGCGCGCUCUAUACCUCAGAUGGAUAUGGACACAAUGAACAUGUGGUCAAUGGCACCAACCAACCUCGAGUAUGUUGUUGCUGUUGUUGCAACGAUCAUGAAGCGGAUAUUUGUUAACCUUUCUUGCGAUUAUAGGAUGGAUGAUUGGAACUCGUAUAUAUCAAGCGUGGAACAGAUCACCCAGGCUCGAUCGUCCUCGUUUGGUACUCAAUAG